AUGGCUGGAACACGAAGGUCUACGCGUCAAACGGUGGCAGCAGCACCGAAAUACAACGAGGAUGACAAUUCAUCUGUUGAAGAAGUACAACCCAAGCGCAAUGCCAAAAAGACGACGCGUCGCAAGCGCGACCGCGAAGACGAAGACGAAGACAUAGCAGAAAACAGCCCUCCACCACCCAAGAAAGCCGCUACAACCAAACCCAAGGCUCCGAAAGCGACCACAUCAACAACGAAGCCCAAAUCCAAUCCAAUAGAUACAUCCACCACCAAACCCAAGACCAACCCUCCACCCGCCCCUUCCUCAUCCACAAACCGCGACGCAAACGGCGCCCAAGAAGUCUACUGGCUCCUCAAAGCCGAGCCUCUCCCCCGCUACGAAAACGGCGUAAACGUCGCCUUCUCCAUUUCCGACCUGCGCGCCUGCACAGAACCCGAGCCCUGGAGCGGCGUCCGCAACCCCCAAGCACGCAACAACAUGCAAGCCAUGCGCAAGGGAGAUCUGGGCUUCUUCUACCACUCCAAUGCGAAGCCCUCUGGCAUCGUAGGCAUACUGCGCGUUGUCGAAGAAGCCAAGGUCGAUGAGACGGCGUUUGACCCCAAGGACCCUUAUUAUGAUAAGAAAAGUGACCAGGAGAAUCCAAAGUGGUACUGCGUGGGUGUCGAGUUUGUGAGAGAGUUCGACGAGGUUGUGGAUUUGGCGAGGAUAAAAGAAUAUGCGAAGGAGGGGCCGUUGAGGGAUAUGCAGCUUGUUACGAAUUCCAGACUGAGUGUGAGUAGGGUGAGAAAGGAAGAGUGGGAGUUUAUAAUACGGUUGGUCGAUGGGGAGAAGAAGGAGGACAAGGCUGAGAAGGACGAUGAACAAGACGUUGAAGAGGAAGCAUGA